ACCGCUGAUCUCUCCACACAGUGCUAAAUAAGCGUGGAAAUACAGCAGCAUAACUGAAUAUAUGAAUCAUUUUUGGUGAUUUGUUUUAUCUUGUCUUUAACCGACCUGUUCCAGUGCGUUAGGAAAAGCUUUGACACACUUCGUGAAGGCGGUAACUGCGACCAGCCAGGAUGUUUAAAAAAUUUGAUGAGAAGGAAAAUGUGUCGAACUGCAUCCAGCUGAAAACAUCUGUGAUCAAAGGCAUCAAAAAUCAGCUGCUGGAACAGUUUCCUGAUAUCGAGCCAUGGCUUAACCAAAUCAUGCCGAAAAAGGACCCUGUCAAAAUAGUGAGAUGCCAUGAACACAUUGAAAUCCUGACUGUGAACGGAGAACUUCUUUUCUUCAGACAGCGAGAGGGAACAUUCUACCCAACCCUCAGAUUGCUACAUAAAUAUCCUUUCAUUCUCCCACAUCAGCAAGUAGACAAAGGGGCCAUUAAAUUUGUUUUGAGUGGAGCGAACAUCAUGUGUCCUGGGCUGACUUCACCGGGUGCUAAACUCUAUCCUGCUGGUCCUGACACAGUGGUUGCCAUUAUGGCAGAGGGAAAGCAGCAUGCACUUUGUGUUGGUGUCAUGAAGAUGUCAGCAGAAAACAUAGAAAAAGUCAACAAAGGCAUCGGAAUAGAGAACGUUCACUAUCUGAACGACGGCUUGUGGCACAUGAAGACGUAUAAAUGAUGACAUUUACAUCGCUCGUCUCAAACCAACCAAGAUAACGUGCGGAAACUCUGAUGCUGAGGCAAGAAACUGCCAGUCAGCCGUUUACACGAAGCUGCCGUAACCUGCUGAAGGCGACCCUCACAAUGCACAAAUAAUAAAAGAUCAUGCUUUAAACCACA